UCCAAUUUCAAGAUGGCUGCCGCUGGAGCUGCCCACUUGAGUUCUGGAAAGAUUAAUUUAGGAGUCUUGAGAGAUCAUUACCGUCGGGAACUGAUAGAGUGUAUUGAUAAAUGUACUGGCACCAAGGCUUUAGUGUGGGAUGAUGCCUUGACGGGACCAUUUGGAUUGGUGGCUGAAUAUUCUUUACUAAAGGAUCAUGAAGUGGAGAAGAUGUUUCCUCUUGGUCCAAAGACCCUUCAAGCUAGUAAUGUUCAGAAUAUUAUAUUUCUUACAAGACCCAAGUUAAAAUUAAUGGAACUAAUAGCUCAGAACUUAUUAAAUGAAGAUCAUAAAGGGCCACAACGAACAGAAUUUCACCUGAUAUUUGUUCCCCGGAAAAGUUUACUUUGUGAAAAAAAAUUAAAGGAAAUGGGUGUUUUUGGUACAUUUACAAGUGUUGAAGAAUUUAGUUUAGAAUUGAUACCAUUUGAUAAUGAUCUGCUCUCAAUGGAAAUAGAUACAACAUUUAGGGAAUGCUACUUAGAGAAUGAUUUUACAACCAUGUUUUAUGUAGCUCAGUCUAUCAUGACAUUACAAGCAUUAUAUGGCAUCAUACCGUAUAUUUAUGGUAAAGGAGACUGUGCUAAGCAUGUUGUAGAAAUGAUGAGAAGAAUGAAAGGAGAGUUAGGAGGUCGUGAACCUCAGAUAACACCACAGAUUGAUAAUCUGUUAAUAUUAGAUAGAAACGUAGAUUUAUUAACACCAUUAUUAACACAAUUAACUUAUGAAGGUCUCAUAGAUGAAACAUUUGGUCUAAAUAAUACAAGUGUUAAAUUACCAGCAGAAAAAUUCAUUCCUAAAAAUCAAAAGCCUGACGAACCAUUAGAACCUAAAAAAUUUAUUCUGAAUUCCUCAGAUGAACUAUAUGCUGAUUUACGAGAUAAAAAUUUUAAUGCAGUGGGGUCCAUUGUUAGUAAAAAAGCUAAAGCUAUCACCUUAGAGUUUGAUGAAAGACAUCAAGCUAAGACGGUAGGAGAGAUGAAACAAUUUGUAACCAAGUUACCACAUUUACAGAAAGCAAGAGAAUCACUAACCACACAGACAUCUAUUGCUGAGUUAGUUAAAGAAGCAACUAAUUCUGAUGGUUUUAUGGAAACUUUAAGAUGUCAACAAGAUUUUACCAAUGGUUUAGAAACUGAUAAAAUACAUCCAUAUAUAGAAGAAUGUAUAGCUAAAAAAGAUUCUAUCACAAAAAUUUUAAGAUUAAUAUGUAUCCAGUCAUACUGUAAUGAUGGAUUAAAACCAAAAAUAUUAGAAUACUACAAGAGAGAAAUUAUUCAGGCGUAUGGUUUUGAACAUAUGAUAACAUUGAUGAAUUUAGAAAAGACAGGAUUAUUAAAGACACAUGGUAACAGAACAUAUGCCAUUAUACGUAAAUCAUUAAAACUGAUUGUAGACGAUGUAAAUGAACAGGUUCCCAAUGACAUAUCAUAUGUAUAUAGUGGUUAUGCACCAUUAAGUAUUCGAUUAGCUCAAUAUUUAGCUAGACCAGGAUGGCGUAGUAUAACAGAAGUAUUAAACUUAUUACCUGGUCCUAAAGUAGAAGAAAUACAACAAAUACCUGUUGCUUUACGUAAAAGAAGAAAUUCUAUAACUUCAUCCCAUUCCAGUACAGGUGAACAAAGAGUAACAUUAGUAUUUUUUCUGGGUGGAGUAACAUAUGCUGAAAUAGCUGCUUUACGUUUCUUAGCACAACAAGACGAAGGUGGGACCGACUAUUUGAUAGCUACAACUAAAAUAAUUAAUGGAAGUGGGCUAAUAGAAACAAUGAAAGAAAAAAUAGAAUCAGUCAAAUUAAAUCCAUUCUAAAUUUAAUAGGAACUCUGCAUGUCUAAAUAUGAAUGGAGGAGGGGUAGAACUUUCUACCAAUCUAACAGAGGAGUCUUAAUCAAACACUUAAAUUUGGAAGUUGUUCCUAUCAAUACUUAUUACUUCCUCUUCUGUUGGUCGGAGGUAUGGACCAACUAUUAAAAACAUAGAAGCUAAUUCUGUCUUGUAAUACUCAGUAGCAUUUUUCAAGACUAAAACAAAUCAGCUAUUGGUCCAUAUUCCUUGCAGCUUUUUCCAUUCAUCAUCACACUCUACACAGCUGUACCAAGCUAUAAGUUUUGUUUGUUCGUCAAACUAUCAGUGAAAUUUAUUAGCCAAUUUCCCUCUCACCUUGUCUACUAAUUAUGUGAAUGGUCCCCACACUGAAUAUCUCUUAUUAGGUAAUAAUAUCAUCGUUACCCAAGUGGUCUUCUACUUUGAAAUAUUGUAUAGGAUGUAUACUGUAUGUUACUGAAUAUAUUGUUGAAAGAUGUGGACAAUUUAUAUGUAGAUAAUUUACUUGUAUAUUAUGAAGAUUAUAAUUUACUUGUAUAUUAUGAAGAUUAUAAUUUAAUUGUAUAUAAUAUUGUUAAAUAAAUCUGUUAUAUAUUAACAUUGUUUUUUUUGUUACAAAUGGUUAAAACUUGUACAUGAUUUAUGUGAUUGGCAAGGGUAGAAAUAUUAGAUUAGGUUGUUAAUAUACAAGUGUUCUGAUUUAAUAUUUAUCUGAUCAAAUUACAUACAUUUUGUUUUGUUAACGCUACUGAUUGUCAUAUGUAUUUGUUGGACAAUAUCUAAUUUUUAUUGGUUAAUCCAGGCUAAAAUGUCAUAAAAUUGAUUAUCUAAUAAGAAGACAAAAUAUCAACAGUAGAUACUUUAGUCUUCCAGCUUGGAUUCAAUCGUAGUAUUACCUUGUUUUCAUUGUCUGCAGAAUGUGCAAUUUUCAAUUCAUAUCUUUGUAAACACUAAAUUGAAAAGAACCAUUUUAGGCAUUCAACUUUCUCAGUAUUAUAUUUUGAAAAGGAUUUAAAUCCUUCUAAAGAUGAUCGGUGACUUUUACCGGAUACACAAAAUUCUGUCAAAAGACUGAGAUAUUAUGUAAAAGUGACCUAAUAAUGUAUGGUAUAUAGACUGAACAUUUUUGAGGCAGGUACUUUCUCAAUAAAAUUGAACCAUUUUGGUUUUGUUUUUAUUGAACAUUGA